AUGAAGAAAGGCCUGAGUGAUGAAAAUUCAACUCAGAAUUGUCGAUCUUUACGCUACUUGCUUGACCAACCUGCUUCAAAAGGUGCAACUUUUACUUUUGAAUAUGGAACGAUUACCAUAUAUGUGACAUACGAAGAUGUUGAUCAAUUUCUGAAAAAGAGCUGGUUAAAUAUACCCAUCUUAGAAAUCUAUUCGAAGUAUAUUGCGAAAUUGUGCAACGAUAUGAAUGAUGAUAAAUUUGCAUUUAUGUCACCAUCUAGACUGGUGAUAAAUCACAAGCGUGAAUAUAACCGUAUUGAGGAAGUCACUCAGUAUAUGGCAGAGUUUUUAGUUACAAACAAAGAUAAGCGUUUUAUCUUAGCACCAUACAUCGAAGAUGAUCAUUGGAUGUUGCUUCUAUUUUGUUUGGAUGAAAGUAUCAUCUACGUGUUUGAUUUAUUGAGAAGGGAGCGGGAUAUUCGGUUGACAACACCGGCACGGACGGCAUAUAAACUGUAUGUAGCACAAGGUGGCAGGAAGAAUAAUAACCGAAAGGAAUUUCUUUGGUGUCAUGCAGAUGUUCAGUGUCCUCAACAACAAGGAGGUACGGAGUGCGGUUUAUUUGUUAUGAGGUACAUGCAUGAAAUAUUCCUGCUUUCUCGAAAAAAUCCUAAUACCAAUUGGAAAGAGGGCCUAGGCCUUGGUUCAAGAAGGUAUUUAAAGAAGGAACUGAACGAGGUUCGAGAAUUGUGGGCUGAGUUUUUUACAGUUGAAUGUCUAUAAUCAGCUAGUUGACAGACUGUAAUGACCACUACAAGCUUUUUAGUGCCAAGGACGAGAGCGAAGACUUCGAGGCAGCUAGCUUAUUUACUGCACUAAUUUCAUAAUUUUUAGUGUUGACAUGUAAUUUCACUAGAAGAUUUAUGGGUUGUAAUACAUUUUAAUCUUAAUAUACAUUGAUUAAUUCCUACGUUUAAGUUUUUGUAAUUUAAG